AUGAAUUCUUCGAGAAUUGAUGCAGAAUGCUUAAAACAGUUGAAUCUACUACAUGUCUGCGGAUAUUGUUCGAAACUAGUGGGACACGACGAGAAAAGUCAUAUUGAGCAUGCAAAUAGUCAUGAAAACGAAAUCAAACAAUGCCGAACUUGCUGCAUUCCAUUAAAACCGGAUGAAAUUCCGAUUCAUCUCAAAACAAUUCAUCCUGGCAAAAACAAUCAAAUCAGAUUUUCCAUGGAUAAAACAAUAAUCGAACUUCGAAUUGUCGCUGGAAAAGAAUUCUCGAAUUUCUGGGGAAUUUGUUUGCCGGCGACAGAUUGUGAGGAGUUUCAGUGGAAAAAAUAA